UUGGCAUGAUUGGCCUGCUUUUUCGUUCGGGAUUCGGUAUUUUGGUUCCACUUUCAUCAGUUUCGUGAUCUCAGUUGUAGGAAAGCAGUGGAGAAAUUCCGGCCCGCUUCGGGGUUCUCCCUGCGUUUGUGUCGUUGAGUGUAGUGGGACGCUUUCUCCUUGGCUUUCUUCCGGAAAUUUGACAUCUUCAUUCUGUACCAUGGCUUCUAGAGAUUUGUUUAUCCUACAAUGAAUUCUCUACCGAAUCUCCCCAAAUCUAUUUUUUUAUUCAUUUCUUGAUCACUUGUGCUUAUUCCGCUACCUCGGUUGAAUAGUGACAGUUUUUAAUUCGGAGGCUUGAGAGACGGUGAAAGUCUCCCUUUCACCAUCAACCAGAUGAAAAUGUUUCUUGUCACAAAGCUACGCAAGAGUUUCUUGAUGAGGGUAUGCCUAACAUUGGCAGUAGUCUCUCUCCUAUGGCUCCAUGUUGGAGUUUUCAUUUAUCGUGGAGCUGAAAUUGACUUUGAACAUAGGUUUAAUAGCAGCUCAGUUUUAUUAAAUCAUCCAAACUUCAGUAAUAUAGAACUUGCCAAACCCACAAACCUGACUGUUCCAGAACUGAUGGAAAAAAUAACUCUUGAAAACAAUGAACAGAAAAUUUGGAAUUCAAAUCAUAUUUCAUGGCCACCAGUUAAUGAAACUGAAAUUUGGCCAAAAGGAAUCGUGAUUACAAUUCAAGUUCACAAUCGGAUUUCGUACUUAAGGAAACUACUUCAAAGUCUAUCUCAAGCAGCUUGGAUAGAUAGAGCUUUACUUGUAUUUUCACACAACAUUUACAGUGAAGAACUGAAUGAAAUUAUCCAGUCCAUUCCCUUUGCAAAUGUGAUGCAAAUUCAUUUCCCCUAUUCCACUCAACUUUUUCCGUCCAGUUUUCCGGGAGACUCUCCUUCAGAUUGUCCGAGGGAUAUUAACAAAGAACGGGCGAUUGCGAUCGGAUGUAGCAACGCCGAAACUCCAGAUUUAUACGGCCACUAUCGUGAAGCGCGAUACAGUCAAACCAAGCAUCACUGGUGGUGGAAGACCAAUUUCAUAUUUGGAAAAAUCAGAGCUCUUCGUGAUUACGAUGGUCCAGUCAUUUUUAUGGAAGAGGAUCAUUAUGUUGCAGAAGAUUUUCUACAUGUACUUUGGCUUCAACAGACAUUACUUAGAGGAGGGUCUCAAUGCAAUUUCUGCAAUCAAGCCCAGAUUCUCUCGUUAGGAUCUUAUCCCAAAUACUUUAACCACCGGGAAGCAUCGAAUAUGGUCGAAUUGUUACCAUGGGCGUCCAGCAAACAUAACAUGGGCAUGGCAUUCAAUCGUUCAGUUUGGCAAAAUUUCCAAAAAUGCUCUGAAAUGUUUUGUUCUGUGGACGAUUACAAUUGGGACUGGUCCCUACUCCACGUUGCACAACAGUGUCUGCCUUCGUUAUUCGGCGAUUUUCCCAACGAGAAAGGGAAAACGAAAUUCAUUUUGGGAGCUUUAGUCUUGAAAGCUCCUCGAAUAUUCCAUAUAGGCGAAUGUGGGGUCCAUCACCGUAAAGCGAGUUGUGCGUCUGACACGUCAACGUUGCAGAAAGCAGAAACAUCGUUGAGGGCUGCGCGCAAGGCCGAAACCCUUUUCCCAACAACUUUGAGAACCAAAAAUAUGUUGGGUAGCAAAGCACUUCGUCUGAAAAAAGGAAAUGGUGGGUGGGGGGAUCCUCGUGAUAGAGAGCUGUGCCUAUCUCUCACCGUCAUCGACUAGUUGUCACAUGUAAAGUACCCUUGCACUAGGGUAAGAUUAAAUCAAUUUUAGUGUUGUAGUUCUUAUCGACCAGGCGUCUUUGUAGAACAAAUUUUGUGUUUCGAUACUUUCUACUUAAAAAGCCCAGUCGCACAGUAUGGUGGGAAUAUUGUGAUACAGUAGACAAGAGUCACUUAAAAAUAGCAGGCAAGUCGGUCUCCCAAAAAGUUCGAUUCGCACGAAAUCUGCAAAUUGUCACGUGAACCAAUCGCAUAAAUCGGGGAUUAAACGUCUUAAUUCCAUGCGCACACUCUAGUGAGCUUACUGUCUUUGGGUACAGGCGUUAACUGCCACGAGUUCACAAGGUGUGUUUUUUAAGGCAUUUAUGUCCGUUUAAAAUCAUAAGUUAAUCUGCUUUUGAUUUCCUUUCUGGGUACGAUGUGUUCUCAUUUUUCUCACCUUUUUUGAACUUCGUUUCAUCCACCGACCUUUACAUGUAAUGCGAUCGACUGUGCCUUCGAUGUACCCUACUCGAUAAUUCUAGAUAGAAACAGAGUCUAUUUCUAAUUAUAAUUGUCGUCGUACGCGUGUAGGCAAAUGGAAAUGUAAUCCUCGACUAGUCAAUCAAAUCCCUGUCAAAAUAGCCUUUCUUUUUUUCGUCCCAUUUAAAUGAGUGGUGUGGGUGUAUUUGUGUGUCCUAGCUGUCGGUGUAUUUUCCUCUACAAAACGAAUAGAUUUCUUUACGGUGUAA